AUGUUUUUAGAUAAGGAUUCUAGAAUAAAAGUCAGACAAGAUAGACAUUAUGUUGACAACCAGGGUAGAGUUAGAAUAUUCCACGGGUUCAAUGCAGUGAACAAAGCGUUCCCCUGGUAUCCCCAACACAUGAGCAACGCCUCCCUGGUUAAGCACUAUAAAGAGUGGGGGUUCAACGCUGUCAGACUGGGAACCAUGUGGUCUGGAGUGGAACCUGAGCAGGGUAAAUACAACGAAACUUACCUUCAAGUUAUCAGAUCUCAGCUUAGCCUUCUGGCUGAUAACGGCAUGCACGCUUUUCUGGACAUGCACCAAGAUGUGCUGUCAAAAAGAUUCGGGACUUACGACGGAGCACCGGCCUGGUUGGUGGAUAUUCUUCCCAAAGGUACAAAUCCAUAUCCCUAUCCUUGGAAAUCAACCAAACCAUUUUAUGCCGGAGGUUGGGCCAAGCAAUACUUCACUGAAGAUUGCUGUGCGACUUUUCAAGGCUUCUAUACGACAACGUCAACCACUCUCAGGAGUCAGGACAUGUUCAUAGCAUUCUGGAAGAAAGUAGCCUCUUAUACUUUUAAAGACGUGACGAGUGUGCUAGGUUACGAGCUGAUUAACGAGCCAUGGGCAGGAUACGUUUGGGCUGACCCUCUCCUGUUCCUACCUGUAAAAGCAGGAUCUCAGAACCUCUUCCCGGUGUAUGACAAGAUAGCCCGAGCUAUCAGAGAAGUAGAUAACGGCACAAUCAUCAUGUACGAACCUGUCACGUGGGGUUACGUUCUGAAUGGGGAGAUUCUAGGAACAGGGAUAGAUACUUUACCUGGGGGUCCGGAGUUCAGGGAUAGAAGUGCUUUAUCCUACCAUCUCUACUGCUGGAUCCACGACGGAAACCACGACCCUCUGACUCCGUUCCAGAAGCUUGCCUGCGACGACAUCCAGGAAAAAGCUAUCAUUUCCACCGCUCACGGAGACAUGAUGAGAACAGGAGGAGGCUGGUUCCUGACAGAUUUUGGAGGUUGCCAACCUGACGGGAACAAAAACUCCUCCGACACUGUCAUGUGUAAUGCCAUGAUGGAGGUUGCUGACGACCACUUUGCUUCCUGGACAUACUGGGAUGAAGACUUCUUUGAUGACCAGUGGCACAUCCAGUGGAACAUACCUGGGGACCUCAGAGCUACUGCUGGAACACCUUUAUCUUUACAUUGGGAAGUUGACGCCCACUCCAUGACUUACAGUUAUGUUGUUGAUCCUAAGAUUGGUGCUCCAACUGAAGUGUUUGUCCCCCCUAUCUGGCAUCCGCUUGGAAUGGUAUUGUCCUGUUCGGAUGUGUUGACGUACUCGUUUGAUGAAGAUAAUCACGUGCUUCUGUUCAAGCUUGAUAGUACGGUUAUAAACCCUCAGAGGGUUUCGAUAAAAGUUAGCCCUAAGGCAAAAUAA